AUGGCCAGCAGUGAUCACAGUACUAAUUGUGCUAAUACCUCAGAUGAGGAGGACUUUUCCUCCAAUGAGGAAUCUAGCUCAGAUAGCAUGGAGACAACAAAAUCUGCACCAGGAAAGCUGAGACCAGAUGAACUCCAAAUCCUCCAAGAUGGUCUAAAUGAUUGGAAGGAAGCUGACACAAACAAAAGGGCCUCACUGAUGGAGGGCAUGCAGAACAAAAUCAAAUGGCUGGAUGCCAACAAGAGCCUCAAACAAAAUGAAUGGAAUAGAAAAUGGACAGCUGUCAAGAACUGGAUGUAUAACAACAGUCAGUCCUGGGCAUGGAAGGCCCUGAUCAAGUAUGGCUCCAAAUGGACAGCCCUAAAGGUGAUCAAGCUGCAGCAUAAGAAGGAUAUCCAGCAAGUACUUGUGAAGGCUGGAAUACAUCCUGGGACAUUGGCUAUGAUCAAACACUAUCAGCCAGCCAUUCAGAAGGUAGUCCGGUCAUUGACCAAGGCUGAAUUGGACCAGGCAGCCCAUUUGGCAAAAGAGUGGAAUGAGAGAAAGCCACCACCCAAAGCCCAGGCAGAGGUGGCAACAAUUAAGGGCCAGAAGUAUGCAAAACAGUUUGCAUAUGACAUGUGGAAGCAGUGUGGGAUGAGAGUGGUGAUCAUGUUGGCAUGGAAGGAUAAGGAAGGUGAAGUGAUGGUUGGAGUGAAUGACUUCAAUGACAAACUGGGUGAUGGAGAGCUCUAUUCAGAUUGGGAAGACCUUCAUGGAAAGUGGUCAGCCUACACAAAGAAGGCCUUUGGGGCCAAUGGUAUGGAGGAUGGCAGCAGAGAGGAUGAGGCCAGUCAAACCACAGUAAAAGCACAGAAAGGAAAAAAGCAGUCUCAAUUCUCCCUGUCCACCAAUGAUGAUGGCAUGCCCAUUCUUCCAAAUCUCUUGGACUUAUGGACACUGGAAUUAAAGGACAUCAUGAGGGUGUUCAUAACCAGCCAUUAUUGCUUGGCUUGUGGGAAGAUGAAUGCCAGUGUACCUUGGGCUGCAAUAGCUGACAACCAGGCAUCCUAUGUGUCUUCCAAGUAUCUUCCUCCAAAUAUCCUGUUCAAAGAGCCCACCAGGCUGACACAUCAUGAACUAAUUGAAACCUUGGAGUGGAGAUCUCAGGAUGGUUCCCUGGAGGAGCCAGUUUCCAAACACCAACACUGGUCAGACAAAGCCAAAGGGAAGAGACCCUGGACAGAAAUAAAUUCCAUUGAUGGCUCCAACUAUGGACAUCACUUGGAGAAGGAACCAGCUCCUCCCACAAAACCUUCCACCAAACAGCAAUGGAUAGAUGGUAUGUUGGAGCUGGUCAGAUUCUUUACUGGUAACCCUAACAUGACCUUGGAAUUGUGUGCCAAAGAUCAUCCCACUGGAACAUCUAAUGCACAGGAGGACAACAGACGAUGGAACCAGUCCACAUCAGACUGGGGCAAUACAGCUACUGCAUACCCCAAGCCAGCUGACAAUCAUGCGAAUGAUGGUGGUGAUUCAACUGCAAGGAAGCCCAAGCCCAAGCCAAGAAUCAGAUCCAAUGAUCAGUUUCCAUGCACACUUGGUUAA